AUGAGCAUGGAAAUGUGCCUCAAUUUUAUUUUGGCCAUUUUGAUAAGUGCAUUAUCUGGAGCUUUGGCCACACCAGGAACUGCCACUUUCUAUACAAAUUAUGUUCCUUCAGCAUGUUAUGGCAGCGAAGGCGAAGGAGUGAUGAUAGCUGCAGCAAGUGAUCCAUUGUGGGAAAACGGAGCAAUAUGCGGUAAGACAUUUAAGGUAACAUGUACUGGGCCGACAAAUCCGGUCCCUCAUCCGUGCACUGGGAAAAGUGUAGUUGUGAGAAUUGUGGAUCACUGUCCGGGCUGUGGUGGAACCCUAGAUCUUUCCAACGAAGCUUUUGCCACUAUUGCCAACCCUGUCGCCGGGAUAAUCAAAAUCGACUACACACCGUAA